CCUGUCUGAAGGACCAGUUCCGGCCGCGCCGGAAGUGCCCGUUGGAGAAAGGAUGAAAGGUACCCGCCGCCCGGAGUUCCGGGUAGGGCUAGCGUUGCGCGGCCUCGGAAGGAAGAGUGGGCGGGUGCCCCUCCGCUGACCGCCACGUCCCGGGCAGCGGGGCCGCGGUCCGGCAUGGACAGCCGCCUGCAGGAGAUCCGGGAGCGGCAGAAGCUCCGGCGGCAGCUCCUCGCCCAGCAGUUGGGAGCGGAAAGUGCCGACAGCAUUGGCGCCGUGUUGAACAGCAAAGAGGAGCAGAGAGAGAUCGCCGAAACCAGGGAGACCUGCAGGGCAUCCUAUGAUACCUCUGCUCCAAAUGCGAAACGUAGGUCUCAGGAUGAAGGAGAGACAGAUGAGGACAAGAUGGAAGAAUAUAAGGACGAGCCUGAGAUGCAGCAGGAGGAGGAGAACCUGCCGUACGAGGAGGAGAUUUACAAAGACUCCAGCACAUUCCUCAAGGGAACACAGAGUUUAAAUCCUCAUAACGAUUACUGCCAGCAUUUUGUAGACACUGGACAUCGACCUCAGAAUUUCAUCAGGGAUGUAGGCCUGGCGGACCGGUUUGAGGAGUACCCCAAGCUGCGGGAGCUCAUCCGGCUGAAGGACGAGCUGAUAGCCAAGUCCAACACUCCGCCCAUGUACUUACAAGCAGACAUUGAAGCCUUUGACAUCAGAGAGCUCACCCCCAAAUUCGAUGUGAUUCUUCUGGAACCCCCUCUGGAAGAGUAUUACAGAGAGACCGGCAUCACUGCCAAUGAGAAGUGCUGGACGUGGGACGAUAUCAUGAAGCUGGAGAUCGAUGAGAUUGCCGCGCCGCGGUCGUUCAUUUUCCUCUGGUGUGGCUCCGGGGAAGGGCUGGACCUCGGGAGAGUGUGUUUGCGCAAGUGGGGCUACAGAAGGUGUGAAGAUAUUUGUUGGAUUAAAACCAAUAAGAACAACCCUGGGAAGACUAAGACGUUGGAUCCAAAGGCUGUCUUCCAGAGAACAAAGGAGCACUGCCUCAUGGGCAUCAAAGGGACCGUGAAGCGCAGCACCGACGGGGACUUCAUUCACGCCAACGUGGACAUCGACCUGAUCAUCACGGAGGAGCCGGAGAUCGGGAACAUAGAGAAGCCCGUGGAGAUCUUCCACAUCAUCGAGCACUUCUGUCUGGGGAGGAGGCGCCUGCACCUGUUCGGAAGAGACAGCACAAUCCGGCCGGGCUGGCUCACGGUGGGGCCCACGCUGACCAACAGCAACUACAACGCGGAGACGUACGCGUCCUACUUCAGCGCCCCCAACUCCUGCCUGACGGGCUGCACCGAGGACAUCGAGCGGCUGCGGCCCAAGUCACCCCCGCCCAAGUCCAAGGCCGACCGGGGCGGCGGGGCCCCCCGGGGCGGGGGCCGAGGAGGAGCCGCCGCGGGCCGCGGGCGGGAGCGGAACCGGUCCAACUUCCGCGGGGAGCGAGGCGGCUUCCGGGGAGGGCGAGGCGGGGCGCACCGCGGGGGCUUCCCGCCCCGGUAACCGGCCUCCCGCCCCAGAACCGGGCCGCUCCAGCCUUUGUCUCCCGCGCUGUGGCCGGGCUCUGUGGGGGCAGCUCUGAGCAGCAGUCACUCCCGUGGCCGCCACGCACUGUCUAGCUCUGCAGGCGGCGCCCCCCCCCCCCCCAGUCCAGUCCUGGACCCCGGGACGAGCAGCACAGCGCCUUCCGCCCAGGCGUGGGCUGGGCCCUCUGCGGUGGACGUGGGAAUGGACGCGCCUGGGCGCCGUCUGCAGCCUCCGCAGCAGUGGCAGGUGAGCUGCUACACACAACAGACAUUUUUCUUUUUUAAAAACCUUAGACUCCGAUAGAAUCCACCUGCAGAAGCAACGGAAAGACAAUAAAAUGGCCUCCCACAGCGGAAUCUGCUCCCGCGGAGCUGACGCGGACCCGGACCCGGGACCCGGCCUCCGGGCGCAGACAGGCCCGGCCGGUGCGGUGGGCGGCCCGCGACCUCCCGGCCCGCCGCUCGGACCCGGGAGGCCGCCUCCUGCCGGGGCCAGGGCACCAGGCGCUUCGUGUGGAGGAAGCAGCUGGACCGCUGACGCCGGCAGGAAGGAGCCACUCUGGCUGCGCUGGCGUUCCCACAGCCUGACGGCUUUAACGAACUUCAUGAAUGAAAUGUUCUUACAAAUGCCUUUUAUUUUGUUAGGUUUUCUAAUAAAAGCUGAAACCUCCG